UUCCCCCUUAUUCCCACUGCUCUGCCUCCUGAGCACCAUCCAGACGCACUGGUGUGUGACAAGAACAGCUAUGAAGACAGUAAAGCAGCACUCAACCACAUCGUGACGGCAACCCUGGGCACCCCGAACACUGUUUCCACAGCCUCCAGAAGUGGGAUACCUUCAGAGAGGAGACUUGAGGGACUCAGUUUUAGACAAAAUCAAGGGAUUUCACAGGAAGCCUCCAAAUGAGAGAUACUGAAGCGAACGAGAGCUACAAAGGGAUACAGCGAGUGACCAAGGAUUUGACGAGAAUCAGACAGACUUUGACUGCUCAUCUCGACUCGUUCAAUUCAUUCUGAGCGAAGUGGAUUUCUUUGCUCAUUCUUAAGGGAAUUGAAGGUGGCUGGAGAACUUCACUGAACUCAUUCUAAUUCUACACUAAAACAAAAGUUUAAAAAGGACAAUAAUGGCCAACUCUGGGUUUCAGCUUCUGGGCUAUUUUCUCGCUCUGGGUGGAUGGAUUGGCAUCAUCUCCACUACGGUGCUGCCCCAAUGGAAGCAGUCCUCAUACGCAGGGGACGCCAUCAUUAUGGCCGUGGGCUUGUACGAAGGCCUGUGGAUGUCCUGUGCAUCUCAGAGCACGGGCCAGGUGCAGUGCAAAAUCUUUGACUCCUUGCUCUCUCUGGAUGUCCACAUUCAGACGUGUCGAGCUCUGAUGGUGAUCUCAGUGCUGAUGGGAUUCAUUGCUAUCAUUGUGAGUGUGGUCGGGAUGAAAUGCACAAAGGUGGGUGACAACAACCCAUCCAUCAAGAGCAAGAUCGCCAUCUCUGGUGGGAGUCUGUUCCUGCUCUCAGGUUUGUGUACGCUGCUGGCUGUGUCCUGGUACGCCACACAGGUCUCCUACCAUUUCUUCGACCCGAAUACGCCAAUUAACGCCAGGUAUGAGUUUGGCCCCGCCCUCUUUGUCGGAUGGGCGGCUGCCAUCCUGGUGAUGUUGGGCGGCUCAUUCCUCUGCUGCUCCUGUGUUAACAAGGACAGAAGAGGACAGCAGUUCUACCGGCAAUCUCAACCCUCUACAGCCAGGGAAGCAAAUGUUAAAAGUUCUCCACCAGAGAAAGGGGAGCAGUACUUGUAGUUUGGGACAGGGCGACUUCGUGGGUCACAAGCUGUUAGAUUUUGACAACAGACAAGACACUCUCUUUCGGUAAAAAAGCAAAGAACUCCAGUAAAAAACUUAUGCUAGAUUUAGAAAGCCAGCUGACAUGUUUCCCUGUAAUACAGACAAUGCAGAGGUUCAAUAAGCCAAGCAAUGCAUUUGCAAACUACAUGACUUUGUACUGUAGUAUAAAACAAAUGUCCGAAAUUUGACGAGGAAUGAGCCACAACAGCAUUAUCGCAACGUGUGCGACAAAUAUGUCAUUUUUGUCACAGUUGGAGUUUGUUAUUCUUGCCGAAAAACUAUAUCACUCAUCUGGAGAUCAUUGAUUCAGGGUACAUUAUAAUGCAUUUAAAUAAUUAUGCAAAUCUUCAACAUGUGCAGUGUAAUAUACUUUGCUAUAACUCUGUUUUGACUCACAAAUGUCUUUUAGUUUGCUAAUAGUUCUACCUUGGCGUAUGUGAGAUGGAUCUUUUACCCGUGGUAAAAUCAAAUUUUUUUCUUUUCUUUUUGUUGUUCAUAAAAUGUAUAGUACGUAAACUUUGAGGGGUUUGUCGCUGUUGAUUUUGGUUCAAAAACACCCACAUGCGGCAGAUACAAUUAAAUCUCUUGGAAACUCUCUAGUGCACUUAUGAUUUGUCUUGGUGAAUUGUAUUCAGCCUGCAUUGAAAGGCACUGUUUAUCACAAAUAAUGUCUUUAAAGUGGUCGCGGAGUCUGUAGGUUGUCAUUAGAAAUUUUUUAGUUCAUGUUCCAACAAUUAUGUUACCUAAUAUUCAAUUAUGUAUCAUCUCAUAUGAUGUAUCAAGCUUUCUGUUUAUCUGUUUUAAAAUAAA